AUGAAGAGACGAAAUUGGGCAAAUUUAGAAGCCCUUGCUCUUAAUUUGAUUCUUGACAAGUUAGAAGAACACAUAGAUUAUGUUUCGUUUGGUGCUGUGUGCAAGACUUGGCGAUCAAUUGCAAAGUUUAGCCAUCAAAAUCAUCAAUUCAAGACCAAUGCACUACCCAUGCUAAUGAUAUCUCGUUCUUCUACAGAGAAGAAUUGGUUGUAUGGUAUUCUAAACAAAAGAUGGCACCCUUUUCAAUUUCAGUUAUGCCAUGCUAAUAAUAGUAAACUUUCGCUCUGUGGCUCUAGCCAUGGUUGGUUUGCAUUUGUAGAUGAUUCCAAGUCCAUUAUAACCCUAAUGAGUCCUUUUAAGGAUACACCUUGCAUUACUCUCCCACCCCUCAAUUCUGUUAACAAGGUUACUUUAUCUGCUGAUCCAAUGCAAAGUCCAAAUGAUUAUAUGGUUGUAGCAAUUUAUGAUGAUUGUGGUAAUCUUGCUUAUGUUGGACGAGGUCAACAAAAUUGGACUUAUAUAGACACAUCAAAAUCUUCUUUCAUUGAUGUCAUAUUUUAUAAAGGUCUAUUAUUUGCUCUCAAUAUCCGAAACAAGAUUGUAUCAUUCAAUUUUGGUUAUUCAGAUGAUACUUUGGGUAAAACAACGAUAACUUCAACCGUUGUUUUAGAAGAAAAAGUUGGACAUUGUUUUUUAGGAGAUAAAUUUCUUGUGAAAUCACUAGAAGAAGAGCUAUGGAUGGUAAGAAGGUGUGACACGAGUAUGUGUACAUUCCUUGUAUAUAAAUUGAAACUAGAUGUCAAAAGUGAGAAGCUUGAACACAUGUUUGAACUCAAGAGUUUGGGAGAUAACAUUUUAUUUGUAGGAGCUGGUGAUUCAAUUUCUGUGUCGGCAUCACAUUUCUCUAAAUCUUUGCAGAGAGACUCAAUUUACUUUGCUAAUGGAUUGAAGAUCUAUAAUAUGAAGAGUGGAGCCGCUAGUUAUCGUUGUCCGUACUGGGAUAGCCCUUAUUGGAUUCUACCACAUUUUCAAUGA